AGGAAGCGAGCAAUCAAACGAGCUCGUGAGGGGGAGACAGAAGGCGGUGUUUAUCUCCCUUAUAUAUUUAUUUAUCUUAUUUCCCCCUGCUGCCCGAUUUAAGAGAUAUUUGCAUUUUGAUGUGGAGAAAGACGAUCUGAGUUUGGUUUAUAAUAAGCACGAGCGAUCAUAGACUUUGCUAGCAAGGGUUCUUGUCUUGCUCAGCCUGAACUUCCCGUUGCAGAAGCGCAUAGACGAAAGAGAGAGAAAGAAAGAGAGCUGCAGGAAAAGGGAACAUAACGCACGGGGUGUCGUUGUGAAAACAGUUGUUGCUCCACGUCCAGCCAUCGUCGCGCGUAAAAACUAACUUUUUCUUUCUUUCUUUGAAAGGAUCCGCUUUUUAUCGAUCUUGCUUUAGUGUGAAACGUUGGUUUCCUGCACGGGGAUUUAAUGGGAGUCUUGCAUCGAUAAAGCGCCCCCCCGUCCGCCCCCCUGACGGACCCUCGCUCGAACCGAACCGGAUUCGGGCGCUGUCCUCACCGGGGGGUGUCCGAUCCAAGUUCUGAUUUUGACUACGAAAAGCAAACUGUGGAGUCCGAAUAUGGCAGGAAAUCUGAAGAAAGGUGGGGGGCUUAUUGGCAUGAUGAAGGACGCUUUUCAGCCUCACCAUCACCUCCACCACUCCCAUCACCAGCCCGGGGCCGUUGACAAAAAGACGGUGGAGAAAUGCUGGAAAUUCAUGGACAAGGUGGUGCGGUUAUGCCAGAAUCCCAAGUUGGCCUUGAAGAACAGUCCUCCAUACAUACUGGACCUGUUGCCAGACACCUACCAGCAUUUGCGCACUAUACUGUCUCGUUACGAAGGCAAGAUGGAAACACUGGGUGACAACGAGUACUUUCGUGUUUUCAUGGAGAAUUUGACCAAGAAGACGAAGCAGACCAUUAGUCUGUUCAAGGAUGGCAAAGAGCGAAUGUUUGAAGAGAACUCUCAGCCCAGACGGAACCUGACAAAAUUGUCACUGAUAUUCAGUCACAUGCUAGCUGAGCUCAAAGCCAUCUUUCCCAAUGGCCUGUUUCAAGGGGAUAAUUUCAGAAUCACCAAAGCAGAUGCUGCAGAGUUCUGGAGAAGAUCGUUCGGCGACAAGACCAUUGUGCCUUGGAAGGUGUUUCGGCAAGCCCUCCACGAAUUCCACCCCAUCAGCUCGGGCCUGGAGGCCAUGGCUCUUAAAUCCACCAUAGACCUCACCUGCAAUGACUACAUCUCUGUCUUUGAGUUCGACAUCUUCACCAGGCUUUUCCAGCCAUGGUCAUCACUGCUGAGAAACUGGAACAGCCUGGCGGUGACUCAUCCGGGAUACAUGGCCUUUCUCACCUAUGAUGAAGUCAAAGCUCGUCUGCAAAAAUUCAUCCACAAGCCCGGCAGCUAUAUAUUCAGACUGAGCUGUACGCGGCUCGGCCAGUGGGCUAUCGGUUACGUCACAGCUGAUGGGAACAUCUUGCAGACCAUUCCUCACAACAAACCCCUCUUCCAGGCCCUCAUCGAUGGCUUCAGGGAAGGAUUCUACCUUUUCCCUGAUGGCCGCACCCAGAACCCAGACCUCACAGGGCUGUGUGAGCCCUCCCCUCAAGACCAUAUCAAAGUCACUCAGGAGCAAUAUGAGCUGUACUGUGAGAUGGGCUCCACCUUCCAGCUGUGCAAGAUCUGUGCAGAGAACGACAAGGAUGUGAAGAUUGAGCCGUGCGGCCACCUCAUGUGCACUUCCUGCCUUACAGCCUGGCAGGAGUCGGAAGGCCAGGGCUGCCCCUUCUGUCGCUGUGAAAUUAAGGGCACCGAGCCCAUCGUCGUUGACCCCUUCGACCCCAAGGACCCCAACAGUGGAGGGUCCUACGGAGGCUGCCGAGGCACAUUUGGAGCGGAGGGUGCGCCAUCGCCCAGCUACGACGAUGACGACGAUGAUCGAUUGGAAGACUCUGCUUUCAUGAUUAGCAAGCUGGUCGGUUCUAAAGUGGAGAGGCCACCCUCACCGAUGUCAGUCUCCCCUCAGUCGAUCGUUCCCCCAGUACCACCCCGCUUGGAUCUGCUUCCUCUUAGACCCACCAACCCUCCCGGAGCCUCAAGUCCAGGGGCCACAUCCAAGGCCCCCUCACAUCACAAGGACAAGCCAUUACCCUUGCCCCCAACUUUAAGAGACCUGCCCCCUCCUCCUCCCCCAGACCGGCCACAUCCAACCGGGUCGGACAGUCGGCUUCCAAGACGCCCUCUGCCCAGUACACCCGGAGACCCUUCUCGGGACAAAUUGCCACCUGCCCCUCCCAACCGCAACAUGUCAGACUGGAACUCGCGGCCGGUACCCAAAGCCCCAUCCCAGCCACCAGCAACCAUAGAUCCCCACGGAACCCGAGAACUCUCCAACCGACACUCCCUGCCCCUGCAGCUACCCUCUGCACUUGAUGGCAGAGCUGAAGGCACAAGAAACAAUGGUGGUCCCCCAAGCCUUGACCACCAACUGAGUUUUGAAUCAUCCAUUGCUGGGUCGGAGUAUGACAGCCCAAAAUUGAAGCCGUCUGCCUCAGCUAAUGCCAUCUAUUCCCUGGCCAUCAGGCCUCUCCUAGCAGUGAAGCCGCAGACGGGGGAGGACGCCUGUGAGAACGAUGAGGAGUCAGAGUACAUGAUUCCAUCCUCUCUGCCAGCCCUGCCUUCCGCUGCAGGGGAGGCAGUGCCCAGACCUCCUCCACCUUCUCUUAGUCCCAGGAGCAUGCUCAAUGAAAUGGAGUCAGAAAGCCCACAGAUGUAUGAAGCCAUGUACAACAUCCAAGCCCAGGCCCUCACUGCCUCUGGAUCACAGGCCAGGGACUCAGAUUACUCUGAAUUGCCUCCUUUGACCUGCUCGAAUGGGCAGAGGGAUCCGGUUGGUGCAGUUGGUAAGGAGGAGGAGGAGGAGAACUGCUAUGACUACCCCAAACCUCUAGCUUUUGCCCAAGCCCGGCGCACACUCUCUGACGUUAACCCCACUGCCUUCAGCCACCGCUUCAUAGACAACGAGCUUGGAGCAACAGCAACAGUCACAGACCCAUCUGAAGCCCCUGAGCGGCCUCCGAAGCCUCUUCCCCGUCGCAUCAACUCAGAACGGAGGCCUAGUCCUGUUCCCCCUGGAGCAGGUCCCGGGCCCAGCCAGCAGAUCUCCAGCGAGAUCGAGCACCUCUUGAGCCAGGGCUACUCCCACCAGGACAUCCAAAAAGCCCUUUUGAUUGCACAGAACAAUAUCGAGAUGGCCAAGAACAUCCUGAGGGAGUUUGUGUCCAUCCCUUCUACUGCACAUAUCCUAACAUAGUGUACCUUCUCAGAGUACCCGUCACGGCCCAGCCAUGCAUUCGUCUCAGACUCCAGAAGAGGGGGAAACUACUUCUAGCUCUAGUGACAGAGAGAGCUCCUUUCUCCGUAAUACUUCUCGGAUUCUCUGUCCUCCUUUGUGUGUGGAAGAACGCCGCUCCGUUGCAAGCGGCCCUUCAGCCUGAAGCAUAAGCAGUUUUGGUGUGUCUCAAGGUGUCACAUGACCCUCGAGGCUUUCUGUGAAACUUAAGGAAAAAAAAAAGACAAAAACAUGUAUGUGUUUAUAUAAUGAUUUAAUGUAUAAAUCAGAAUAUUGAGUAUAGUUAAUAUAUACACAUGUAUGUCGGAGAGGGUCAGGGUUAGCUGCAGAGAUGUGAAGUAUUAGGCCUUGGAGUUUGGAUAGCUAAAGGGAGUUUAGUUAAACACAGCGAACUGCAGCUGAGCAUUUUCUGGUGUGAAAAAAAUUGCCUUUUACUUGUAUUGCUUCUGUACAUUUGUGUGUGUAUGUGUGUGUGUUUGUGUGAUUUUCAUUGUUUUUGUCUGUCAAGUAGCAUGGCAUAUGUGUCGCCCCCCGCAACGCAGUCACCUGUUUAAGAGAAUCUGCCAGAUGAGGUGCUAUUUUGGGAUAAUGCUCAGCCCAAAGCAACCUGUUUACCGCUAUGACCAUGACGUCCAGGGCACUGUGUGUACAGAGCUGUGGGAUUUCUGUGCAUGGUGGCGGCUGGCAUCGGAAAUGGGAUCUCCGUCAGCUUUGUUACAUCUGUGUAGCAUUACUGUAACUGUACUGUACCAUAAAUUUCACUCCCAAAAUUGAGCAGAUGAAAUUUAUUAUUUAAAGUGAUAGUUCACCCAAAAUUCUGUCAUAAUUUACUCUCCCUCAUGUCAUUUCAAACCCAUAUGACUUUCUUUCUUGGAACACAAAAGGAGAUUUUAGGCAGAAUGACAGGCUCAGUCACCAUUCAAUUUCAUUACUGGUUUCUGAGACCCAACACACUGAAAUUAGUCAAAUGAGUAUAUGAUGACAGAGUUUUCAUUUUUUGCUGAACUAUCACUUUUAGGACAACCAGUCCUUUCAAUUCCCAGUAGGUGGAACAUGCUGAUGAAGGGUACAUGCCUCUUAAGACAAAUCUGAUUUUAGAAGCAGGGUCCCAGCACCUCACUUUACUCCCCCUGUUUGAAGCAGGAUGGCAGGGGACAUGUUACCCAAUUGCUCUAAUCUUCUGAAUGUGUCAUUAAUAUGGUGGUCUCUGACAGACUUUUGUGAAGUAGUGUGUUUACUAAAGAUAGUGUUCUCUAACAGAUUAAGGGUAGCGUGGAGAGAGUAUUUGCUUAUAAAGGUCCAAGGCAUGGCAAAGUUUCUGUCUUCAGUGGGGACUGAAAUCACUCAUGGGGAGGUCUGACUCGUGUAUGAAGCUGUUCAUCUUCGAAACCAUGUCAUUUGAUCACCUUAAUAUAUUGUUGUUGUUAUUAAUGUUAUUUUUAUUUUUUGAUUUGUUGUUAUUGAAACAGAAUUGCUUUACUGCUGCUAUUAUUGUUAGUGCUAAACAAUUAAGCCUUAAAUGUACAUUUGUGAAUACUGUGUAUAACCCAUUUUAAAGUGACAGUAUCUGUUCUAUGUAAUUUGGUAAUGUAGCAUACUUGAAAUCAGAAGCAUCUUGCGCAGGUGUGAGCCCAGUUUGACUGAGCUGAUUUUUUUUUUCUCUGUCUGUUUGUGUGUGCGCAAACAUGUGUGGCUGUAAAAGGCCAGACAUGGGAAGUCUGUUUUCAUCCAGGUACUCUUUACGUUGCGUAUUGCUUGAAAUACAUACGUUUAUCGAUGUGAACUGAGGUAAACUGUGCAUUGGGCUCAUCGCAGAAGGUCUUGUAUUUAUUUUCUUUCCUUGUCCUACAAGGCUUUGUGUUAAAGGGAUAGUUUACUCAUAAACAAAAUUCUGUCAUCAUUUAUUCACCCUCAUGUUGAUCCAAACCAUGACCUUUUUUCUUUUUUUUUUCUCCAUGUUAAAAAAAAAAAUAUUAGGCAGAAUGUUAGCCUCAGUCAUCAUUCACGUUCAUUGAAUAAUUUUUACAUAAUAGAAAGUCAUACGGGUUUGGAACAACAUUAGGCUAAGUAAAUGAUGAAAGAAUUUUCCUUUUAGGGUAAACUAUCCCUUCAACACCAUCACGGAUUGGAUCAACCUUUCAGCGGCAGCCCUGUUAAAGCCAUGAUCGCAGUGCCCAUAGUCCGCCUGCUGUUAGGAGAAGGGAGAAGUUCCUGUUUUUGGUUCCUCCCAGUCUCCUCUUGUACUCAGGAAAACCGUACAUUUAAACAGAAUCUACAUUAGUGACUCCGUACUUGUGAGUGGAAAUGUACCUUUUAGUCGGUGCAAGACUUGCUCAGAUUCAGAGUGAAAACAGUGCUAGACUAAUUUUACAGCAUAAUAGAUCUGCACCUUCUCAUUGAUGAGGCGCUUUUACGGAAAGAUUUUUAACCAUACCGAAACAUGCUCAAGUGGAAAUGCAAAAGCAAAUGUUGCUCACCGUGCUCAGAACCGUUCUGCCCGAUGCUGCAAAACUGCUUCAUUUUCUCUUGAACAAAUCCUCUGAGCCAUGGUGUACUAGCGACCCUUGGUUGUUUCACCAUUCAAAUUGGGGGAACACAAGGAAAAUCUAGGUGGACAGUGCUCCCCUUUGCACUCUCCCCCGGCCAGGCUCAGAGCAUUACGUAAUAUUUGUAAUUGCACCAACACACCUUAAUGCACUAGUAAUUUGUUUAAGUAAGUUUAUCGAAUCCUUGCUAUGGUCUGGAAUUGCUUCUGGGUUACAGGACUCGUGAACUCAUGCUUGACGUUGCUUUUGCCAACAUCAGAACUUCCCAGGAUAAUUUUAGACCCUACUUGCCCCAGCAGUGUUGCACUGGGAUUGCAGGUACUUCCACAUCUCUGUCUUGUAGGUACAUACAUAACGUUGGCAUCUUGCGUUCAGCCACUUUCCCAGCAGAGGAGCAGUGAGUGAAAUGUUUAAGUUGUAGGCUGUUACUGUUGGUUUGUUUUGUUGUUUCUGUUCCAGUCUUGAAGCAUAUGACUGGUUUAAUACUGAUUUAUUUUUAACUGCACCAUAUGAAGUUUUUGUAUGUUUUUGUUUUAUGAUAUGUUUGAACUUUGUUUUCAGACCAUGGUUUUUGAAUAAUUUCAUUUUUUAAUUACUAUACUACUAUUUUGUGAUAUUAAUGCAAGUCUGAUGGAUGCAUGUGUUUGUGUUUUCAAAGUGUACAAUGUUUCGCACAGUGUACCGAUUUGUGCUAUGAUGCUGUCACUUUAAAAUCAAGCGUGUAAAGUUACUUAUACAUAGAAUACGUGGAAAUAGCAAUGUUUUAUUUCAUUUUGCAUUCCUGUACAUGUCAGAAUUUUAUUUUUGUUUACUGAUGCGAAUAUUACUGUGAGCAGUGCCAUAAAUUUAGAUAUGUCCGUAAUUUUCUUCUGCUGCCCAGAAAAAAAAGGCCUUAGUGUAAAGAGUGUAUGAUAUCCGGGCGUAAGUUCCCUCACAACAUUUGGAAAAAUUUCCAUGGUCGCUCUUCUUUGGCUUGGUCAGUAACGUCAUAGUGAAUAUCUGUCCAUUACUGGAAUGUCUCAAGUCAGACCACAAGAGGGAGCACUCUUCUCAAUUUGCCAUAACUUACCCGAGUAUUUCAGGAUCUCUUUCUUUUGUGCUAAUUCUCAUAUCAUUUUGGAAGUAUGCACAGCGCUAUACUGUUAAUUAAAUGAAUAGAACAAA